AUGGGGAACAGCUUCCCGGUCAACAAGCAGACCGCCGUAGGGCUGCUGAUGUUCCUCAUCUUUCUGUGGACGCUGUCUACAUUUACGUCGACUAAUCCAAAGACGCCGACACACAUCACGCAUGAACAACCCGCGCAGCCCGCCAUUCCCGCUCAGAAUCCCAACGUCAACCCGGGAGGCAACUCGAAGCCGCGACCGGACGCCUCUCGCCCAGACACGUCACCGCAAGUCACCCUGCCGCCAUGGUAUGAAGAAGACGAAGACAAGGCGAAGGCGGACGCCAAGGCCGGCUCCAAGCCAGCUAGCCAAGAGACAGCCAAGGCCCCAAGCAAGUCUUCCUCGCCGUCCAGUUCAUCGUCAUCGAAAGACAGGCCCCUGAUUCUUUACGCCUUCGCCGAAUCCGCCGCCGCUCUCGAGAACCUCGACUACUUUGUCAAGCAAGGUCUCCACGAUGCUGCUGAUUUCGUCUUCAUCUUGAACGGCGAGACGAACGCGGAAAGCAAGAUCCCCGAAAAGAAGAACAUCAGGGUUGUGAAGCGCCCCAACACCUGCUUCGAUCUGGGCGCCUAUGGUGAGAUUCUUCGUGAGGGUGAUCUCUACAAGAAGUACAAGCGCUUCAUCACCUUGAAUGCGAGCAUCCGCGGCCCGUUCCUCCCUCACUGGGCCCAGGCGUGCUGGAGCGACCUCUACCUGGAUCGUGUCACCGAUAAACUGGUUGGUAUGACCGCCAAUUGCUGGCCUCGGUUCCACGUGCAGUCCAUGAUCUGGGCGACGGACUCGAUUGGCAUGGACCUGCUCUUGAACCCUCCACCCAGUUCACACGCCAGCGACCAGUUCGGCAAUGAGAAGGAUCCCGUCGGCCUCGCUGGCUGCUACAACGACUGGAACCACGCCGUCCACGCCGAGGUUGGCGCGACAAGCAUUUUCCUGAACAAUGGGUACAAAGUAGACUUGAUGAUGACGGCGUUCCACAAGUCCGAGAACUACAUUGACGAAUGCGACUCGUCGCAAAACGGCGAUGUUUUGUGGAACGGAAAAUACUUUGGGACCAACGUGCACCCAUUCGAGACGAUCUUCAUCAAGGCGAACAGGGACAUCGACCCGACGUUGAUCAAGUCACUGACGGAGUGGCAGCAGGCAUCGGGAUGGAACAGCUACAGCGCCUGCAAGGCGUGA